AUGUCCCAGCGGGUGAGGCGCAAUGGGUCCCCCACGCCUGCCGCCCCCCUCGGCGGAGGCGCGGGCCCCGCGUCCGGCGCCAGCCCCGGGGGCGCCCCCGGGAGCCGCCUGCAGCCCAUGAGGGCCACGGUGCCGUUCCAGCUGAAGCAGCAGCAGCAGCAGCAGCAGCAACAUGGCAGCCCCACGCGGAGCGGCGGCGGCGCCGGCGGGGGUAACAACAGCGGCGGCGGUUCGGGACCCCCAGGAGGAGGCGGCGGCGGCGGAGGAGGAGUAGGUGGAGGUGGAGGAGGCGGCGGUGGCGGUGGUGGCGGCGGAGGCGGCGUCAACGUCCCACGCACCUCCUCGCGCAGCACGAGCCCCACGCGCGCCGGCGCCGGCGGGCCCAGUGCUCGCGCCAGCCCCACGGUGGCCACGCAGACGGGCGCGCCCCCGACGUCCACGCGGGGCACCAGCCCCACGCGGGGCGCGAGCGCGCGGGGCAGUCCUCCUCGCUCACAGCCACCGCCUCCCCAGACGCUCCUGGGCACCGUGUCGUCCCCCUGCUCGUCCCCCAUCCAUCUUCUGGCGAGCGACGCGAGCGCAUCCCCUGCUACAGCUCGGGUCCGACCCCCGCGGCGGUCCCCGGAGCAGAGCCGCAGUUCCCCGGAGAGGAGGAGCCCCAGCUCCCCGGUCUGCAAGGCGGGUGACAAACCACGGCCACCUUCAUCAAGCCCUUCCAGCAUUAUUCGUCGAACUUCCUCAUUAGAUACACUUGCUGCCCCUUAUCUUGCAGGACACUGGCCUCGUGAUAAUCAUGGGCAGUCUGUUCCAUGUAUGAGGGACAAAGCUACACAGACAGAGAGUGCAUGGGCUGAAGAAUACUCUGAAAAGAAGAAAGGAUCCCACAAGCGUUCAGCAUCUUGGGGCAGCACAGACCAGCUUAAAGAGAUUGCAAAAUUGCGCCAGCAGUUACAGAGAAGUAAACACAGCAGUAGGCAUCAUCGGGAUAAAGACCGACAGUCUCCAUUCCAUGGCAACCAUGCAGCCAUUAACCAGUGUCAGGCUCCUAUUCCAAAGAGUAUACUUAUUCCAGUGAUUCCCAUCACCAAAUCAACAGGGUCCCGGUUCCGGAAUAGUGUGGAAGGGUUAAACCAGGAAAUUGAAAUAAUAAUUAAAGAAACUGGAGAAAAGGAAGAGCAGCUUAUACCACAAGAUAUUCCAGAUGGUCAUCGUGCACCUCCUCCCUUGGUACAGCGCAGUAGUAGUACGCGCAGUAUUGAUACCCAAACACCUGGUGGAGCAGACAGGGGAAGUAACAAUAGCAGCCGCUCCCAAUCUGUGUCCCCCACUUCAUUCCUUACCAUCUCAAAUGAAGGUAGUGAAGAGAGCCCUUGUUCUGCUGAUGACCUUCUUGUUGAUCCCAGAGAUAAAGAAAAUGGGAACAACUCUCCUCUGCCCAAAUAUGCCACCUCACCAAAACCUAACAACAGCUAUAUGUUUAAACGGGAACCUCCUGAAGGCUGUGAAAGGGUGAAAGUCUUUGAGGAAUGCUCGCCAAAGCAACUUCAUGAAAUCCCAGCCUUUUACUGUCCUGACAAGAAUAAAGUGAAUUUCAUUCCUAAAAGCGGCUCUGCCUUCUGCCUCGUCAGCAUCCUCAAGCCACUUCUUCCCACCCAAGAUCUUACCCUUAAGGGCUCAAGCCAUGGCCUGACUGUCUCCACUGGCAUGGCACCCACGUUGCUGCAGCCUAUCGCCAUGGCCUCCCUGUCUACAAACACAGAACAAGACCGGAUUUCUCGAGGAACGAGUACGGUCAUACCACAGGCCUCGAUACUCCAGCAAUCAGGACCACUUGAGGAGGCUGAGGGAUAGACUACUCUUGCUCAUGCAUUGCUCUGGGAAACUAAGAGAACCUAAUUGGGAAUAAGGUGUGAAUGAACAUUCCAAAUCAUGCCUCCUUCCAUCAACUGAGUCUGCCGUCAAUAGACUCCUAAACUUUUUUGGUAGUGACAUGCCCCAGCUGUCUGUGGUGAUGAUGUCAUGAUGAGCUUCCAUAAGAAAGCAGUACUUGUGACUGCUGUACCCCAUUUGUGAAGUCUCAAACUCAGUUCACAUACCACUUUUUUUUUUUUUUUUUUUUUAGCACUGGUUAAAAGAAAAAAGCUGUAUCAUUCUUUACUUUUGGAGGACCAUUUUAUCACAAUGCUUUUUGUGUCCCAAGUUAGACUUUUUAAAGAGCAAACAGAUCCCUGCAAACAUAAUUACCAAAGGGAGAAGUUACUGAUGCUGCAAGAACCAUCUUUUAUAUGAAAAUGACUAUUUUAUAAUAAUAACAAAUGUUAAUUUUCAGAUGCAUAGCAGACAAUAGGAUGUUCAGAAGACAUUUCCUUGGCCACUGUUUUUUUGUUUCCUUUUCUAGAUGUAUGCUAAUCUCAGCUGUUCUCCAGCUGCUGGGACCAAAGGGAUUGCUGAAAUUUUCCAGCAAUCUUAGUCACUUGACUGUGUUCUUCUCCCAACCAACAACAGAUAAAUAAAUGCAUUGAACGUUUGUAUGUACACACACACACACACACACACACACACACACACACAGAGCAAUAUUAGUUCAUUAUGUGAUGUUGUUUUUUGACGUCAGAAGUUUUGUGCUUUGGAUACCAUCCUUUUAAAAGUGCUAUUCCCUCCACAUUUAAGAUUCCUGUAUACCUUUAUCUGCAUGGUGAAAAAACUACAUUCUGGAUACAAGUGCUUUAAUAUUCUAUCAGUGGAGUUUUGUUAGAAAAUCAAUGAGCCAAAAAGUAACUUAACCCCCAUUCUUGAUCACUCUAGCCAGGAGAAGGAUACUCCUCUAGUCAACAGUGUGUGAAAUCAUGUGAUCUUUCCCCCUUAGCACAAAAAUUACUUCUUCACCUCAACCCUCAGUGUGUUGUAGCCCCAAGUGAUCCUGAUGUGGCUAUGCAUGGAUCCCCCCUCCCUUGCUUUCGUGACCUUGCACUCAGUGUUGUGGAUUAAUUCAGAGCAGAUUGUGCUAUGUUCGCUGCAGCCAGUGGUCCCCCUUCCUGCCCCCUCCCCGAAGGUCACCUUUCUGAUCCCAGUCAUCUGAGGGUAUGGUUAGGUUUGUUGGUUUGUUUGAUUUUUUUACAUGUAAGGGAAAAAAAUAGGAAAAUGAAAAUAGAAAGGAAGUUAAAGAGAGGGGGCUCUUCUCUCAUUGAGAGGUGACCCGAGUUUCAGCUUAGGCAAGUCCUAAUAUAAACACCUGCAUAUAGAACCGAUAGCUGUAGGUGAUUUGAUUAUCAAAGCAACUCUUAGAAAAAUUCCAGAUAAGAACAUUCGUGGUUUGUGACAGAGCUUGAGUUGAGGGGCAGCUGUUUUGCAGUGUCAACAUAAAUAAAACUGAAAGAAGCAUCCUUUUAAAAACUUCAUAUAGUAUCUUAAUACGCAAUAAUUUUAUAUCCCUACAAAUAUUACAGUCAGAAUCCAGUGUUGGGCACUUGAAAUGGAGGAAACAACUUCACUGUUCAUUCAGCCAUAGUUUUCUAAGCUCACAGUUCUAUCCCUUCAGGGAAAAACUGGUAGUAGCAAUAAGUGUUUUCAAAAGACUGUACCAAACUUGUAUUCAUGUUCCUUUCAAACAGUUGGCUGAUUAAAACCUGUUAAGUAAUUUUAAAAUGAUGUGACUUAGCCAUAUGCAUACAUUUGAAUAAAUCUGUUACACAUCAACUGGUAGGUACAGUGUACUUUGAUACCCUUUUUAUCUGAGACUAAUUCUGAGUAUACUAUAUCUUCUUGUACAGUUAAGCUUUCAAUUGUUCAGGAGCUAAUCAUCCAGUUGUUAAUCUUGAAGCCCCAUUUCUCUGCCAUCUUGUUUCUGUCUGAGAUAAUUCACUGUUAAUUAGCUACUGUACAAAAAAAAAGAGCCAGCGAUAUGAAGAGAUGUAAAACAAAUCCAUCGAUUUGGCUCCUUCUUUGUUAGCGCUUCUGGUGACAGGUGUAGGAGGAAGUUGAAACCAAUGGCUAAGAACACUAGAGUUUCUGGGUAAUUUAUGAAUUUUAAUAAUCCUUGCUAUGUUUUCUCUUACUCUUAUACACCUUCCAUUUAAAAAUAAAAUCUCCUGUAUUUAGCAUAGGUAAUCUAGGCUGGCUGCAAAUUGAAUGCUUUUACCCAGAUAUAUACCUCUAUCCAAUAUAGACAAUAUCUAUAAAUGUUCUACAUUUGCUGAAUCUGAAGCAUUUAAAAAUUACAAUUGAAGCAGAUGUUUAAGAAUUAUUGUUUAUAUAGACUUUGAAUUUAAACAAAUUCUUAUCUAAUCCUUGACUUUGAGAAGAAUGAAAAUUCCCAGGUAGAUUACUUCUUUGGCUUCCAAAUUAACCUUGAAUACAUCCUUAGAUUCUGAGCUUUAGGUCUUUUUAUUUCAUUUGAGUUGAUGCAGAACUCUACAGCAAUUGCCAAAGGGCUAAUUUCAGCAUAUAAGCUUCUAUUGUAAUCUUGAGAAAAUUAUUAACCACUCUAGCUGUCAGCCUUUCACCCAUCCGUCUCUUUUCAUAAGCAUUUGAUGAAUUUAAGAUGAAGCUUAAUCUUAAAUAUAGUGUUGCUACUACAAUUAAGUUCUUACGUUUAUGCGCUAUUAAAUAGAAUAAAAUUUCUAAUGAAUGAGAUUUGGGGAAAAUGUUGACAUUUUCCAAAAAUACUAUUAAACAAGCAAUAUACAAACAUAAUAGCAGGGGUGGUAUAAACUCCAUAUUCAGGUCAAAGAUCAUGGAUUUAGGGCAAGAAGAAACCUUAGAGGUCAUCUAGUUGAACUCCUUAAUUUUACAGAUGAGGAAACCAAGGCCAAAAGAGGUUAAAUGACUUACUUAGAGUCACAUAAUUACUAGGAUGCUUAGCCGGAAUUGAAAUUCAGGUCAGCCAACUCCAAAUCUAACACUUUUAAAAUAAGUUGUACCACUUUUCUGGUGGAGGACUAGGGGUGAGAUGGGGAGACAAUACUCUGGAGAAGAUUAUCAUUUUCUCUGUAGAUGAACUUUUCUUGCUAUCACAGCUUUCUAAAAUAAAAAGCUACUUUAUUAUCUCUGAACCUGAGUAUGAGGUGGUGUGGUGUAAGGAAAGGGCACAAAAUCUGAAAUCAGAAGAACCAAAUCUGAAUCUAACAGCCAUGGUGACACAGUCAACCCCUCUUGAUUGGUUUCUUCAUCUGUAAAUGAUAGUGUUGAUUGGACUAGAUGAUAUCUUAAAUACCUUUCAACUCUAAAUCCUAUGAUCUUGUUCCUUAAAGCUCUCUUGAGAACUUAGGGCAUUUGCUUGUUUUUCCCCUAUUAAUGAUAUGGCUUAGCAUGAGCACUAAAAUCAGUCUUACAUUCUACAGGUUUCUCAGUAGGAUGGUUAAAAAACUUCUACCUAAGCUUGAAAAUCCAGUUGGAGCUUUAAAAUGCUGUGAUAUGAAGAAACUAUUUUGUUCUACCUGUGGACAAAUGACUGGUGAAGCAGAAAAGUAUUCAUUUUUUCCAGAAUGUGGAUUUUGCUGGAAGAAUUGAUAUUGUUCACAAAUAGGUUUUUAUUACCUUCUGUGUAAGACAAGGCUAUUUUUUCAUUUCUUUUGUUAAAUGGGACAAAUAAAAGUGUCCUAAGUGCCACCAACAGGGUUCAAUUUAUUGCUCUGUACUUUAGAAAAAUUCCAUAAUAAUUAAGAUAUUGGUUUCUUAAUCCAGUUCUGUCAUUGGUGCUGAAUUUACCAUUAAUAUUGAAAAAAUUUGACUUGGCACUUUAAGGCCUAAACCUAGUUCAAAAUCUGUUGUCUUAAUAGAUAAGCAGAACAGUCAACAACAAAUAGCACACUGGGAGGCGCUGGGGAGAUCUUAACUGCAUCUUUAUGUUGAAGGUGUUCACUUAGAAGAAAAAGCAAGGUUGUUUUCCUUGAAAAAUUGUCCUGUACGUCGGUGUUGUUAAUGAUGUUGAAUAUUAUCAUAUGUAUAAAAGGUGUUAAGUGUAUACAUUGUACCUUAAGAAUUGUUGGUGCCUCAUGGAAAAAAGUAGUUUACUUUUUAUGUAAAGACAAGGUAUUUGUGCAUCUUGGUGGAGUUAACAGAGAUAUUUUUCCUUUCUACUGUUAAAAAAUAUUUCCAUGAAAAUUCGGAUUAUAUUUUUGUUCCAGAAAUAUCUUUGUUGUAUAAUUUGUUGUAAAUGGUAUGAUCUGCAGUGGAUUGAUACAAAGAAUAGAUGCAUGUAAAGUAGCAAGAAGAUGAUCCCGUCAGCCCUUGCUUCUUUGCUAUCCUCCCCACUAGCCCCAAGAGCAGAAACACAGCGGCUCUAGGAGCUCUCUAUAUAUUGUAGAUGAAUAUUGAAAAAAAUGUUGGUAAAUGUUAAGAGUUGGGUUGGUUUUUCAAGAGGUGCCAGUUGUAACUUGAGGUGAGUUUGCUUACAGGGUUGUUUCAUUUUACUCUGAAGAAUGAUAUGCCCUGUCAGGAAGGCCACAUGCUUGGAGCUAUUUUUCCUUUGAUAGCGAUGGAUUAUGCUCCACUUACAACCAGUAGCCUCUGUUGGCAAGACAGUCAUCUUGGGUUUGGGGUGUAGUCUUUGUCUUAGGAUAUAGCAGACCUUGCUAGUGUCAUGCUGUAACCAACUCUGCUGACUAGUCAUAGAUACCAUGAAGUAUAUAACUGUUUUAGUAGUAGAGAAAGCUGGGAGACAUUGAACCUAUGUUAAGUGAUGAAAGAAACCUCCAUAGCUACCAGUGAUAAAAAUAUUAACAGAACUACUUUUCUUAAAAAUUAAAAACUAAAUAGCAAAAACAUAGUUAAAAAUCAAAUUAAAUAAAAAUCCUUUUUAUUAGCUAGAGUCUAGUAAUACCCAUAUAAUUUUGUUAAUAAAGCUCUUCCAUUGUAAUUUGAGUUACCAAGCUGGGAUAUGGUAGGUGACACUUUUUGUCCUCUUCCUUUCAGUCACUCAUAUUCCUUCCUUACCCCUCUGCAGACUGUAGGAUUGGCUGAGAUGUGAUUUCCAGCAUCUUGAUCUUCAUUCGUCUGUCAUUGUUACCUGGUUUGACAGUAUUAAAUGUUCAAGAAACCUA